ACCCUGCAGCCCCGGAGUGGUGAUUUGCUCUGGAACUGAUGUUGGAGGGUCAUUCUCAGACAGUUCUGCAGGGCUGCAAUAAAUCACCCUGCACAUUCCCACUCCUCCCUCCCUCUGUCUGUCUCCCUCCCUCUCUCUCCUUCCUUCCUUCCUCCCAUCAGCUUGCCACCUCUCACUUUGCAGCCUCUUCUCUCCCUGCUUUCCCAACCCAAACCCCCCACCCUGUCCCCUAUACUCACCCUAGAACACUGGGCAAGAGAUAUGCAGCCCCCCUUUACCCGGCUCCUUCCUGACAGCACCAGCUCCCUUUAUCUCUGCAGACUGAGGGGGUUCAGCUGUGCCAGGGAAUAACCCCCCCCCCUUUAUCCCACAUCCUGUCACCCCUAUUAAUCCCUCCAUUCUCCACAUCAUGACUAUAGGAUUUGCCUGAAAAAGGGGUGCAUAUUACCCCACUGGAUCCAACGCAAGAAGAACUCAGGAGCCUCCACUAGACAAGGAUCCAGACUGCUCUGUUUUUGGGGGGUUAGGGGGAUCAAGUUUUAUCCUUUUUUAGGAAUCCUGCAAUUAAAAAAAAAAAGGAAAGGAGUGCCAUUUUUCUGGGUGAAUCCUGUUGGAAAAGCCUGUCAUUUUGGGAACACCAAAGAAGAAAGAAUAAUCGUCUCCUGGGGAAAUUUCAACCUGCAGAAGCUGCUGUGCAUCCUGUGGCCAUGCACUCCUUGGACGAACCCCUGGAUCUGAAGCUCAGUAUAUCCAAGCUGCGGGCAGCAAGGGAGAAAAGAGAGCGAAUCGGCUCAAACGCCAGGAAACGAUCUGUGCAUCAUGAGCUGAUGAUCCGGGAUGAUGGCACUACCGUUAUUGCGCCCAUUUGCUCCUCACCCCCACCAGGGUUUCGGUAUCGGGAUGGAGACAGCCCCCCCUUUUCCUCUCCUCCCAUUGUGGAUCUCAGCCUCUCCCCACCUUCUGGGAAUGACUCCCCCAGCCGAUCAUCGUUGUCCCCAGAAAGAGCUGCAGGAGGGGACACCCCAUUUGACAACCCAUCGCUACGCUGCGGAGGGGAUUCUGCUUCCAGCCCUUUUCAGUUUUUUCUGCCUCUCGGCUCCGGACUUCAGCUGCCCCCUUCCAUGUUCAUGUCCCCCCCCAAAGAGAAGCGUCUUUCCCUGGAGUACACCGAGCAGAAACAGCUGGUGUGUCAGUGGGCGAAGUGCAAUCGCCUAUUCGAGCUCCUGCAGGAACUGGUGGACCAUGUCAACGAUUUCCAUGUCAAGCCAGAGAAGGAUGCUGGGUACUGCUGCCACUGGGAGGGCUGUGCUCGGCGGGGGCGAGGAUUCAAUGCCAGGUAUAAGAUGCUGAUCCACAUUCGUACCCACACUAACGAGAGACCGCAUUGCUGCCCCACCUGCCACAAAAGCUUCUCCCGGCUGGAAAAUCUCAAGAUCCACAAUCGAUCCCACACAGGCGAGAAACCCUACAUGUGUCCUUAUGAGGGCUGCAACAAGCGUUACUCCAACUCGAGUGACCGCUUCAAGCAUACGCGCACGCAUUACGUGGACAAGCCCUAUUACUGCAAGAUGCCGGGGUGCCAGAAACGCUACACGGAUCCAAGCUCCUUGCGCAAGCAUAUUAAGGCUCAUGGCCACUUCAUCUCCCACCAGCAGCGCCAGCUGCUUAAAAUACACCAGCCACCGAAACUGCCAGUUACAGGUGACAGCAGCUACACCAAUGGCACACAGCUUAUCAUUCCUAACCCGGCAGCCAUCUUCGGCAGCCAGUCGCUACCCAUUCCUCUGACCCCUGGGCCUCUGGACCUGAGUUCACUGGCAUGCAGCGGCAUGGCAUCAGCUCUGGCUGGUCUGCCCAAUCCUAUGCUGACACUGGCAGGGUCUCCUCUGAACCUGGCAAAAGGGUCUCUUCUGUCACAGGCCUACUCUGCUGCAGGCCUCGGCCUACCUCUGGUCUCCUUGGUAACUUCAGGGAAAGCUGAGCAUGAGAAACGUCCCAAGGGUCAGAGGGGAGACAGCAGUGAAAGGACUGAGGGGUCAAAGUUGAGACCCGGCUCAGGUGAAGGUCUCUCUCUGUUGCCCGGAGGGGUGUUAGAUCUCUCCCCCGGAGUGGGAUCAGAACCUCUGCUUCCAGGAUGGGUGGUCAUUCCUUCAGGAUCUGUAUUACUGAAACCGGCCGUGGUCAAUUAAAGCUGUACCCCCUGAAACUGCCCCCCACUUUGUAAGCUCUCAAUGUGCCGCUGACAGGAACGCACAGGCCUGUUGGGUGUGGGGCUGCUCCCUUGAAGACGAGGCAUUUCACAGACACAUGGCCUGGACUGUGACUUUUGCAGAUCUUUUUGCCACAAUCUAAGACACGUGGAACAUUAGCAAAGCAGCGCGUUAGAUUUUGGCAGCGGAAACUUUAUUUCGCGGACGCUUUGGAUUUUGAUCUUUUUUCUUUUUUUUUCCGAAAUUGCAUUCAGUUUCGAAUGGAUUUUCUUUCUUUUUUUGGGACCAAAAUAAACCAUCCAAAUAUAAAUGGUAGUUCCUUUAAAAAAAAAAAAACCAAGGACCCAGUGACAUUCCUGCAGGACACUUGUGCGAGGGAAGGAGCGAGGCGGUUUCUGACAGGAGCACUAUGAUACUUGGUCUGUGCGGCCAGCUAAUGCUACUCUUGACCUCUGCAAACCUCGGUUUUGUGGAAACUCACGAGAGAAGGCGUUGAAUCCCUUCUGAGAAAAGCAAUAAUGCGGGAGACGCUCGGACAGAGCUGAAUUGGACAUGACAAGAGGGAGAGGAGGACAACUUGCCUGGGGACCUGCUCUGAUUCUCUCACGCCCUCAAGCCUUUCCCCCAUUCCAGUGCAAACCAGUUUGAUCAUGUACACAGCAUGCGCCUGUCGCAUCACAUUCCCUCCCUCUCGCCUUCCCAUGAUCCACUCGCACUGCACUUGUGCAUUUUACUUCACAAAUGUAUUCUAUUCAUUCAUUUACACACGGGUUCUGCUGCGUUGCAUGUACUGCCGCCUUCCCACUGCUUUGCUUGCUCCUCUGCGUCACCUUCCCUGAGGCCUCCUCUUGUGCUCAGCCAUUUCUGUCUCUGUCACCUUGUCGCCCUUCCUUGUUAUUGUUCCACACUAUUAGUUUAGCCUUUCCCACUCUCUCUCUGCUCUCACCUCCUUUUGUCAUGCUCAUCCCUUCACUCUUGCUCACUUUGUCCCCUUCUUCUGCCUUUGGCUCAUCUAAGCCAGAAAUCUGUGUGUCUCUUUCCUACCAAUAUCCUCUGCCUGCCCCCUCAGUGCUCACCCCCUUAUCAUGCUUAGCCAAGGUAGGCUUCUUAAUGCCACUUGUUCUGCUCUUUUCUUACACAUUCACUUCUCCACAUACACAGACACACUCUCCUCCUGUACAUUUCUUAGUCCUUUUCUUCUCCAUUCUCUUUUUUUUGCCAUUUAUUUUACAUAGAGCUCCUUCUUUUUCAUUCUCACUGUAUCUGGUCUAUUGGCCUUCAUGUUCCCAAUACUCUAUCCCCUGCAAGCUUCUUGUUACCCUAUCUAGACUAAAUGUUGUCUGUGUUCUGUUCUAUUCUAGAAUCUAGAGCGUUGUGUUCCAGUCUUUUUUCUGCUACAGAUUUCUCUUGUUUCUGCUCAUGUUCUCUACAUUCAUUUUCCUACUGUCUGCUCUUGAACACACUACCUACACUCUUACUAAAUUCUCUCUGCUUGUCCUCUUAUUUCCUUCCUUGAGCUCAAAAUGUUCCUUGCAGUCCCCUGCUCUAGAACCAUCUCUUUCGCUUUACACGUUCCCUUGUUCUACUAAUGAACGACCCAGCUCCCUAUCCUCCCGCUCUCUGGAUCCCCAAUGACAACGCAUUCAGGAGCAGUGAAUGCCGCUUCUCAGCGCUUUUCUGGAGAGCAAACAGAAAUGUUGCUUUCUUUUUUUAAAUCCAGUCAAACCCCCCUAUAUAUAAAUAUAUAUAUCACUCAUUUACCAUAUAUGUUUGGAGGAGGAAAAGGAUAUGUUCAGGCUCCGGCAGUGAAGGAGCAACCCAAGCUAUUUUAUAGACUGUGCGAAUGAUGUGCGAUUGGUGCUUUGUGAGGGAUUUCCGUCUGACCAGCCGGUGGUCUUUUUGGAGGGACAGUGGGGGACACCAGGUGUGAAUUCAGCCAUGGGAGAGAUUUAGUGGUUAGGUAGGAACUUAAAGCAGCAAUCCUUUUGCCAGAGGCCUGUACGUUCUACAUCAGGUAAAGGGAUAAGCCUUUAGGGGGACAGAUGUUGCUAUCUCAGUUCCGCCAAAAGGGUCCGCAAAUUUUCUGUGAUAAGGGUACAAUGAAUUGCGCUGAGUAUUCCAUGCUCAGUGAAGAAUGUGUGGACUGUUGCUUUAAGAGAGUGAUGCUCUGUGUGACUUGAGGUCACGGGAGUGAUGAUCUGCAGGCAACCAAGCAAAGUGCCUUCUGUAUCAUAACUAAUCUUCUUGGUCCCCCAGCCCAGUGUGUGUUUAACUCCUCGGUGGCUGAGAUGCGGCCCUUGUAUCAGAAUGUGUGUGAGAUGCAGAGAGAGAGCGCUCUCUGAGUGACUGCAUCAUGACGAGACCGCCCCUUGAGUGCGGAGAUUGUCCUGUGUGCGCCCGAGGCGGCAAGCUGCCAACGAGACGCUGCUCCGAGCGAGGAGCGUUUAUACGUCCGACUAAAUCUUAUUAAAAACAAAGCGAGCUUUGGUUUUAAAAAUGUCUUUUUUUUCUUUUGUGAUUUGGUCUUUUCCUGGACACGUGACCCCCAGCCAUCCAAUGGGUUAAAAGAAAACUAUAGCUAAUCUACUUGCUGCUCCUAUACGAAGGAAUUUUGUAACAUUCACAAAUAUAUUAUCUAUAAGAUUACAAUUUGCUUACCAGACGAAUGCCUCCAUCCGGAGGGACAAGUGCUCCAACAGCCAAUAAAAUUGAUCUUUUAUCAGUGAAUGAC